GAUAAACUUUUCAAUGCUAGUAUCCCUUCUUUGGGCCUACGCAAUGUUAUCUAUAUCAAUGAAACGCACACAAGGUACAGAGGGUGGCUGGCAAGAAGGCUCUGUUAUGUUCUUUUUGUGCAAGAACGAGAUGUGCAUAAGAGUAUGUUUGCCAGCAAUGUGGCAGAAAACGUGUUGAACAGCAGCAGAGUGCAGAAGGCCAUUGUAGAGGAGGCUUCUGUAUUAAGUGCUGCAGGUACUCAGACAGACCUCAAGGCCAUCAGCAAAGUGAAGAAAAAAGCUAGAAGGAUUCUCCAAGAAAUGGUGGCAAACGUCUCACCUGCUUUGAUCAGGUUGACUGGUUGGGUGUUACUGAAAUUAUUCAACAGCUUCUUUUGGAACAUUCAGAUCCACAAAGGCCAAUUGGAGAUGGUCAAAGCAGCCACCAAGAUGAAUUUGCCUCUUAUCUUCUUGCCUGUUCACAAAUCUCACAUCGACUAUCUGCUCCUCACAUUCGUUCUUUUCUGCCAUAACAUCAAAGCACCGUACAUUGCUGCAGGGAAUAACCUCAACAUCCCCAUCUUCAGCACGUUGAUCCGCAAGCUGGGAGGCUUUUUCAUUCGGAGGAGGUUGGAUGAGAACCCUCACGGACGUAAAGAUGUCCUUUAUAGAGCUUUGCUGUAUGUGCACAUAGAGGAGUUGCUUAGACAGCAGCAGUUCUUAGAGAUAUUCCUGGAAGGCACACGUUCUCGGAGUGGAAAAACAUCCUGUGCCAGAGCAGGUCUCUUAUCUGUGGUGGUAGAUGCUCUCUUCACAAAUGCCACCCCAGACAUACUAAUUAUACCUGUGGGAAUCUCCUAUGAUCGCAUCAUUGAAGGUCACUAUAACAAUGAACAGCUGGGGAAGCCUAAGAAGAACGAAAGCCUUUGGAGCGUAGCCAGAGGAGUCUUCAGAAUGCUGCGGAAGAAUUACGGAUGUGUCAGAGUAGACUUUGCACAACCAUUUUCCUUAAAAGAAUACCUAGACAGCCAAAGUCAAAAACCUAUGCCCGCCAUGCUAUCUUUGGAGCAAGCUCUGUUACCAGCUAUACUUCCUUCACGGCCUAAUGAUGUUGUGGAUGAAGUUACGGAGGCUACACUGGGUGAUUCCUGGGAUUUAUCCAAUGAGCCCUUUAGAAGACAGUUGAUAGCCAACUUGGCUGAGCAUAUAUUGUUCACUGCUAACAAGUCAUGUGCUGUGAUGUCAACACACAUAGUUGCCUGUUUGCUGCUCUACCGACACAGGAAGGGAAUUGACCUUUCCAAGCUGGUGGAAGACUUCUUCUCUAUGAAGGAGGAGGUCUUGGCCCGUGACUUUGACUUGGGAUUUUCAGGAAAUUCUGAAGAUGUUGUCAUGCAUGCCAUCCACCUGUUGGGGAACUGUGUAAAUAUCACAAACACCAGCCAAAACAAUGAGUUCUUCAUCACUCCCAGCACAACUAUUCCCGCUGUCUUUGAACUCAACUUCUACAGCAAUGGUGUACUGCACGUCUUCAUCAAAGAGGCCAUUAUUGCCUGCAGUCUUCAUGCAGUGCAGAGUAAAAGGUAUAGAAAUGGCAUCAAUGGCGUUUCUCCCAACCUGAUUAGCCAAGAACAACUGGUCCGCAAAGCCGCCAGCUUGUGCCACCUGCUUUCCAAUGAAGGUGCUAUAUCCUUGCCUUGUCAGAUGUUAUACCAAGUUUGCCAUGAGGCAGUCGAAAGGUUCAUACAAUAUGGCAUUCUUUUGGUGGCAGAGCAAGAUGAUCAGGAGGAUAUUAGCCCUAGCCUUACAGAGCAGCAGUGGAGUAAAAAGCUUCCUGAACCCUUGUCUUGGAGAAGUGAUGAGGAGGAUGAAGACAGUGACUUUGGAGAAGAACAGAGGGAUUGCUACCUGAAGGUGAACCAAUCCCAAGAACACCAGCAGUACAUCACCUUCCUGCAAAGGUUACUGGGGCCUUUACUUGAGGCCUACAGCUCAGCUGCCAUCUUUAUGCACAACUUCAGUGGUCCUGUGUCAGAAACAGAAUACCUUCAUAAGUUACACAAGUACCUAAUAACCAGGACAGAGAAGAGCGUUGCAGUGUAUGCUGAGAGUGCCACCUAUUGUCUUGUGAAAAAUGCAGUGAAGGUCUUUAAGGAUAUUGGGGUUUUCAAGGAGACAAAACAAAAGAGAGAGACUUUUUUGGAACUGAGCAGUACUUUCCUACCUCAGCGCAACCGGCAAAAACUACUGGAAUUCAUCCUGAGCUUCAUUGUACUGUAGACCAUGUUUAGUACCUUUUGCCAGGGAGGCGAAGACAAGUUCUAAGAUUUGUGUCAAAGCUUGAGGGCAUUUGCUAGUCCUUCAGAGUAUAAGGUGCCCUUGUUUGUUUGGUAAGGCCUUAUCUGACUUGAACCACUGGAAGACAGUGCCUUCUUAUGCAUGUAUUUAUGGAUUUCUGAUGGUCCCAAUCCUGUGAUAAUACAGUAAUACAACAGGUGACACUUUUGGAUGCAAGCAAUCAGUCAUGUUUGCAGAAAAAAAAAUGUAAAACUAGAUUUAAAAUGAAAACUGACAUUUUAUCAGUGUUAUAUUUUACAUAAUUACUUUUAAAGACUAAUGACUGUGACAGGUGCACAAAUGCAGAUAGUGAUUUAUAGGUAGCCCUGAGAUCUUGAAUUGAGUGGAAACACUGCUUAUGACAAAAAAAAAAAAAAA